AUGUCUUUGACGUAUCAUGGAAACCCCUUCGAGCCCCAGGCGUUAAGCUCUGGCAUAUCCUCUAGAGUUUCUAAGGACCCUGACAGUGCUAUGCUUAUCACAAGUAUUCCCCAAGAACGAUCAGCGAAGCGUAAUGCCCAACAGAUCAACUAUGCUGAAUUUGACAAUAUCAAUGACGAUUUUGAAUACGACGAAGAGAAGAAUGGAACGAAUGGGAAUAUACCGAUAGCAAGCACGCAUGUGAUUACGUCAGUGCCCAAACACUUAUUGAAACCUGCGAAAUUGACACGGCCCGCAAGUUUUGAAGACGAAGGGAAAUUGCAGCAAGUGACUUCUAAAAUCUCCGAGACUUUGAUUCCUAUCAAACUUAACAUCGAGUAUAACUCAGGCACGUCGAAACUUGUUGACUUUUUCAUGUGGAAUGUUGAUCAGAGUCUUGUUUCACCAGAGCAAUUUGCCUCACUACUCACUUCUGAUCUUGAAUUACCCUCGCAUGUCCACCAGGACAUCGUUGAAUCGAUAAACAAGCAAAUUGAGGACUAUCAAGCCAUUGCGCAAAUCCCGCUUCCGCAAGCUCUUGGCUUCAACGUCAUUAUCGAGUUGUCUGUGAAUCUUGACAAAAAACUAUAUGAAGACAAAUUUGAGUGGGACAUGCAACAGACCGAGGUUUCUCCCGAAGAGUUUGCAGAGAUUGUCGCCUCCGAUUUGGGGCUUUCGCUUGAGUUUAAGCCAGCGAUUGCACACUCGUUACAUGAUACUAUUCUAAGACUCAAACGCGAGAUUCUUGAAGGUGCAUACAAUAACGAUUUGAAUAGGUAUCAGCAAUUAUCGGGACUCAUCUUCGAGAAAUCAAUACGUAUACGUACUGACAGCAGUCUACACAACGGUAAUGCUGUUUGGGAACCGUUCAUCGAGAUUUUAAGCCCCUGGGAAAUUGAAAAACGAGAAAUCGAGAGAGAGCGCAAUUCAAGACGCCUUAAGCGAGAGAAUAUGCGUCGCGAGGUGGACGAUCUCAGUGGUAGCAAACGGCGUGCUACUGGUAGACGGAGGGAGGAAGCAGAAUGGCGCUUUUAA